UAUCUCGAAAACACAUUUUCUUCAAAAUCCACAUGUGGCUCGAUCUUCGUGAACACGGUGAUGAAUUGAUACCCAUGAACUGAGGAAACAAAACAUGCUGACAAUGUCUGAGAUGAUUAAUAUAAUCAUUUUAUAUAUUGAAGUCAACCUUUGACACUCUUAUUCAUUCUUAGGCUAAAAACAAAACUUGAUUCUUCAAAAAGUCAAGAUGGCAUCUAGUGUUACAGCUCAAUCAGUGUUGGAGAAGAUUAGUGUGGAUCAUCUGGAAUGCUCCAUCUGCACCAACCGUUUCAGGCAGCCCAAACUGCUGGACUGUUUGCAUAGUUUUUGCCUGCAAUGCCUCCAAAAGCUCAGACAGAGCCAAGAUCCUAGUGGUACAAAGCUGACAUGUCCUCUAUGCAGACGUGAAACCAUGUUGAAAGGGUCUGGGGUUGCUGAUCUCCCUAAUAACUUUGCAUUCAGUGCUCUGGUGGAGGAAGUUACAAUGCAGGAAAAGCUACUGGAAGGUCAAGGGUCAGAGAUCAAAUGUCAAAACUGUAAAGAGGAGAAUCAGGCCAUUUCAAGAUGCAUGGAUUGCGAUCAUUUCCUCUGUCAAGAAUGCCAAAAGGCUCAUGAACGUAUGACUGUCAUCAAUUCCCACAAAAUCUGUACACUGGCUCAACUUCAAUCAGGAGAGAUUGUCUACAAGAGUAAAAUCAGAGAAGAAGUUCCCAAAUGUGGCAAGCAUCCAGAUCAGAAUCUCAAUGUCUAUUGUAAUACAUGUGAGCAAGUCAUAUGUCUCAUGUGUACUGUUCUAUAUCAUGAAAAACCAAAUCACUCUUGUGUUGGCUUACCUGAGGCUUUUGAGAAAAGUAAGAAAAAGGUAGAAAAACUUGUUGCAAAAGUUGGUCAAAGCAAAACAGAACUGAACACCACCAUAGAGAAGACUUGCAUAUCUCGCAAGAAACUUGACACCAUGUUUGCAAACACCAAAAAGAAAAUCUCAACAAAAGCUGACCAAGAGGUUGCCAAGAUCCGACAGGAGGAGCAGAAACUGUUAAAAGAGACUGACAGGAUUUACCAAGAGAGAAUCACAACAUUUAAAGCUGCUCAAGCUACAAAUAGCAAAGAGGUGACACAGACGGAGCACAAGCUGGAGGAGGUGAAACAACUCAUGAAUCAAGCAAGUUGCUAUGAGAUUCUUGAACUUCAACAGAAGCUCUUGCAUAACCUCAGUGAAUUGACAGGAAAACAGCCAGAGCAAGUUCCUGACAAGUUGACCUUCAUGGAUUUUGAAGAAGGUGAGAGGUCACUUGGGAGACUCACUCUGGAGGAAGAACCAAAGGUUAAAGGUCCAUCCCAUCGCACCAAGCCCAACAGUGAAGAUGGCAUCUAA